AACCUGCUCAAAUGAUUGGAAAUUACUCAAAGGAAAGGUUAAAAGUAAUAAAUAAAUUCCGGAUUUAACUAUUUUUUCUGGCCGAAAAACAAUCAUUAGAAUAUUUCUGGAAAUUUCGACUCGCUGAAGACUUGCAAACAACGCGAAAGAAGCCACCGAAACCACUGCCGGACCAGUGACGAGCCAAUUCCAUUGCAUCCUUUCAUUCAGCAGUAGCAAAUCGCCGACAAACAAAGCAUAAACGAUGGCCAAAUGGGGAGAAGGAGAUCCUCGUUGGAUUGUCGAGGAGCGUCCCGACGCCACCAACGUGAACAACUGGCACUGGACGGAAAAGAAUGCAACGCCCUGGUCCAAGGAGAGAUUGCAUCAAUUGUUCAAGGACUUCAAAAUAGACCAAAGCGACAUCGAAUGCGUGGUCGAGGCGGUGGACAAGUGCCAGGGCGAGGCCACCGUCAACAAUCGCAAGGGCAAGCUGAUAUUCUUCUACGAGUGGGAGCUGGUGCUCAAGUGGUCCGGUCAGCUCCUGAAGAACAGCAAGCUCUCGCACAAAGGGAAGCUGACCAUUCCCAAUCUCUCGGAGGAGAACGACCUGGAGGAUGUGGAGAUAACGGUGACCAUCGAUGAGUCCAACGACGAGUCUGAGACCCUCAAGCAAUUCAUGUACAAUGUCGGGCGGGAUAGCAUUCGGAAGCAGCUGGGCGUCUACAUCAAGGAACUGAAGGAGGAGUACUCCAAGAACUUGAUUCUACCAAAGAAGGGCGAAGAGGGCGGCAACUCCAUCAACAAUGCCAGCCUAAAUGAUGCUAACAAUGCCAAGAAUGCGGCCCAAAGGGCAGCAGCAGCCGCGGCCGCUGCCGUAGCAACACCCAAGGCCAGCGACUCCUCGAAGGUGGGGUGUAAGCUGGACGUGCGCACGCUCUCGAUGACCGAGGAGUUCCACUGCAACGCCAAUGAUCUGUACAAUGCCCUCACCAAACCCGAUAUGGUCUCUGCCUUUACACGGGCGCCCGCCAAAGUCGAUCCAGUGCGCGGUGGAGAAUUUGUUCUUUAUGGCGGCAAUGUUUUUGGCAAAUUUGAGGAGCUCAUCCCAGGGAAGAAGAUCCAACAGAGCUGGCGUCUGAAAAACUGGUCAUCUGGACACUUUUCAAAUGUACUCAUAGAGCUAGAGGAGACUUCCAAUAGCACCAUGAUGACGCUCCAGCAGACCGGUAUUCCCGCCUCCGAGUACAAUGCAAUGAAAACGAAUUGGCAAAGAUACUACUGGCAUAGCAUCAAGCAGACCUUUGGCUUUGGCACCUCCAUUGCAGAUUCCUUAUAAGCGAAAAGGUUCACUUUAGAAGCAGAAUAUGUUAGAUUGGAUUGGGGCUCCUUUACUGUCUGUUCUGCCUGAAAUUCACUCAUUUCCGUAGCUAUAAAUUCUGUUAUUCUUGCAAUAAUUCUUUAAUUCGACAAAAAUCGAUCGUCGCCUCGUUUACAGCAGCUAAUACAGUAAAGUCACACCCACUAUCUUCAAAACUAAGCAAACUUCACAUGAACUUCACGCUUCGCUUCGAGACAUUGAUUUCAUACAUUGAAAAAAUUCAAAAUUAAAUAAAACAA